ACUAAAACCCUAAAAAAAUAAAACCCAUUUCGCGGUUCUCUUCGCUCGCUUCCCGUGUCUGUUCACUCGUCACUCAUCAGUGAUCGAAGAAGCAAAGCGAAAUUAGGAACACGAUUCAGUGAAUCGACAUUAAAGAUUUUGCAUUUCCUUGUUCCUCCACAAUCCCAACGAAGAGUCGUUUCGUUUCUGUUCUUCCUCAAUCCCCAUCUGAUUUUGCGACAAUGGAUUCACGGGAGAGGCCGCUUCCUUCUGUACAUCAACCCCAGCCACAAUCCACGCCCCCCAACAGGAUGAUGCCCAACGCUUCGUAUUCCUCGAAUUUACCCAACGCCAACAAUUCUUCGCCAUUGAUGAAUCCCAAUUCGGCUGCUGCCCAGAUGAUGUCCUCCGCAUCGCGAUUCCCUUUCAACUCUAUGAUGCCGUCUGCGUCCAAGCCGUCCGAGUCGCCGAAUGCGGGUUCUUAUGAUGGAUCGCAGUCUGAAUUGAGGACUGGUGGCUUUAACAUUGAUUCCGGGAAGAAGAAGAGAGGCCGCCCCAGGAAGUAUUCCCCAGAUGGGAACAUCGCUUUGGGCUUAGCGCCCACUCCCAUGGCUUCUUCUGCCGUUCCGGGCGAUUCCGGCGGCAUGCAUUCGCCGGAGCCUCGCCCCAAGAAGAACAGGGGAAGGCCGCCUGGCACUGGGAAGAAGCAGAUGGAUGCUCUGGGUACCGGCGGUGUUGGCUUUACUCCUCAUGUCAUUCUGGUGAAACCAGGGGAGGACAUUGCAUCAAAAGUUAUGGCAUUCUCACAGACUGGGCCACGAACUGUUUGUAUUCUCUCUGCCCACGGUGCUGUCUGCAAUGUUACUCUUCACCAACCAGCAAUGACAGCUAGUAGUGUAACAUAUGAGGGCCGAUACGAAAUCAUCUCUCUAUCAGGUUCCUUCUUGAUUUCUGACAGUAAUGGUAAUCGAAGUCGAACUGGUGGUUUAAGCGUAUCCCUAGCAAGUGCAGAUGGACAAGUUCUUGGUGGAGUUACCAAUAUGCUAACAGCAGCAUCUACAGUUCAGGUUAUAGUGGGUAGCUUCCUUGUGGAUGGGAAAAAACUGGGCUCAAGUAUACAGAAAUCUGGUCCAUCUUCUACAUCACCUAAUAUGUUAAACUUUAGUGCACCUGCGGCAGCAGCCUGUCCCUCUGAAGGUGCCUCAAAUAAUUCAUCAGAUGACAAUGGCGGUAGCCCUUUAAGCCGGGGACCUGGAAUGUACACCAAUGCCAAUCAACCAAUUCAUAAUAUGCAGAUGUACCAAUUAUGGGGUAGUCGAAAUCAAUAAUGAAGAUGCUUUUACCAACUUAACAGUGUAGCACAUUGGGGUCAAAGUGGUUAGUGUUUUGCAUCCCGAUGUAUAGAGGUUAGUUCUGGAUUCUGUCCCUAACAUCCAUUGUUGAAGCCUCAUCAUAACUUUUCUAGAUUAGAAUCUUUAUUGAUCGUUUAGCUGCUCCUGCUGGUUAGCUUUAUUUCUAGUCAGUUAAAAUUGUCUACUUUUAACAUUUCUCCAUGAAUGUGGAACUUCUUAAGAUUGGUAAAUCAUAUCAAUUCGAAUGUCAUUAUUGUAGAGGGGAA